UAAUUUUUUUUUUUUAAUAAUAUUAAAAUAAGGUUUUAUUUAUUGUAGUCUUAAAUUAUAUAUUUAAUUAAUUAGUUGUGAUAUAAUAAUGCAGACGACGGUGCCGCUAGCGUGUUUCUUAUCUUUGAUACGCCCCCCUGGGAUACAGUUCGAAAAUGCAUUGUUCCAAAUCGCGCCCGUCAACAAGGGGAAAUGUCCGUUCGUGCGUGACAACAUCGACAUCGUAUUCCAGCUUUACACGAGACACAACCCAACCGUCGCCCACAGUCUCCUGAUAGACGACGAUGAAAGCCUUUUCGCUUCGAGCAUAGACUUCAACGAUCCAACUGUGUUAUACUUCCACGCUUUCAUGGAGACACCUGAUGACGGCAGCGCCUUAAGGAUAAGAGAAGCAUACACACACAGAGGCGAUACCAACAUCAUAAUGGUUGAUGCGCAACGCCUUGAAGCGGGACCCUGGUACUUCAAGGCCGCCGAAAACACUUGGUAUAUUGGACGUAUCGCUGCCCAGUUCAUUGAUUAUUUGGUAUCGAGAGGAUUAAAACUAUCAAAGACCCAUUUAGUGGGGCACAGUUUGGGAGCUCAAGCUGCCGGGGUGACUGGAAGUACUAUUAAAUCUGGUAAUGUAUCUCGCAUAACCGGCCUGGACCCGGCUCUGCCCCUCUUUGAUAAGCUGCCGCUGCAACAGAGGCUCGACCCAUCUGAUGCUGAAUUCGUUGACGUGAUACAUACUGAUGCAGGAAUAUUCGGUUUCAACCACCAAAUGGGUCACGUGGACUUCUACCCGAAUGGUGGUAUAAGCCCGCAACCGGGAUGCGAACUCGAAGUUGUGAUUCCUCAACAGCAGUUAUUGACUAAAUUUUUCUGCAGUCACUGGCGUUCGUAUAUGUUCUACAGCGAGUCGGUCCUACGUCCGGCAUCUUUCGUAUCCUCUCGCUGUCAAUCGAUGAGUGACUUCUCGAAAGGCUACUGCUCAAAGGAGAAGACCACCCAUAUGGGCUUCGGAGUCGAUUUGAAGUGA